AUGGCUUAUUUCUUUGGCUUUGGCCAGGAGACCUACAUCAAGUGGUGGUGUCGAGGAGAGGCGUCACAUUCUUGCAGAGACCUCAUUAGAAGCACCAGAUCAGGGGAGAAGGUGAAGAAGAACCGAGUGUCUCUCAGGGACAAUCAGAGCAACCACACCUUCACGGUGACCAUGGAGAAGCUCAGGGAAGGAGAUGCAGGUACUUACUGGUGUGGGAUCGACAGAAGUGGUGCUGACGAUGCCAUCUCGGUUCAAGUGUCAAUUGACCCAGGACUGGACCUUUUAAUGUCCUCAGCCCUAAGUGAAGGAUCAGGGGCAGCAGUCCUGUCUCUGCUCAGCAACAUCCACUUCCUGCUCCUGGUCUUCCUGAAGGUGCCCCUGUUCCUGAGCAUGCUCGGUGCUGUCCUCUGGGUGAACAGGCCUCAGAAAGUCAGGGAGGGUGGGGGGGGGAGUUAG